UUUUUUUUUCUGAAUCAAUGCAGAAGCGUUGAUGAUGGCUGCGACUCGCUGGCUGCUUCUUGUGCAGGAAAUUCGGGCAUGUUCUUCUAACACGCAACAUGCUAUUUCUCACAUUGUCGGCUUGUGCGGGCUUAGUUGUAGUAAACUUCUCUCAAGUCCGGUUUGGGUGUGUAAGGAGGCAAAAAGUGUGGAGUCUGGGCACAUUCCAGUUCGCACCCUGUUCCCUUAAAACAUCAUCGAUAAUCCUUACAAGCUCGGCUUCGUCGUUCCUCGUCAAGGGGCAUUUAGAACAGUUGUGUGCCUUUGCUCCACCGAGGUCACGCACGGUUUGGCAAGGGCGAGCCAUAAGAACUUGCGCAGUGUGCGCCGGAUUCUGCCUUGAUGCAACAUGCGGUCAUUGGGGAAGUCAUACGACCCCUUCUUGGUCUUAAGACGAACCCUAAAACACGCUCGUCACGAUUGGGGGAAGGUGAGAUAUUAUGCGGGCGGAGGAGGCUGGCUUCUUUAGCGACCAAAUGUCUGCCGCGGCCGUCGGCUCGCCAUCCCUUGCCUGGCCAACGUCUCGGUGGGAAUAUCUCAAGGCAAACGCAUAUGUCUGUGAAUAUAUUUCGGAAAUUCAAGUUCCCGCAGGCUUCCCCGUUACUUGAAGUCUGUUUCUCUCCACCCGACGCGCUUCCCAUUUGCAUUCCAUCCGUCCUUCGUAGAUUUCCCCUGGUUCAGAUCUCCAUUCCUUCCUUUCUCUUACCCUCUUUUCUAUCAUAUUCCUUUCACCAGACCCACAAUUUUUGACAACCCAGCCGAGGUCUACCGAACGCGACGCAUAGAAAAGGCAACGGACGCGUGGAUAGUCCCACCCCAUCCUCGCCGCUCCCCGUUUCUCAUUCCCCCCGACCUACAGGACGUGUUCUUGAAUCUUCGUCCUGAACGCGGUUCCACAGCCAUGGUCAACAUUGGGAUCGAUGAGGCCGCCUUCUUUGGCAUCAUCUGCCUGGCAUUUUUCUACGGCAUCUUCUUCACCCUCUUCUGCCUGGCAGUGUAUGUGCUCGCCUACCCUCAAAACGGCCGACGCGUCAACAUCCCCUUCCUGAUAUCCACCGCCCUGUUCUUUUGCUUGAUCACGCUCUACUUCAUUGUCCGAUGGAUGCGUGCGUACGUCGCGUUCAUCACUUCCGCACAAGCACAGGCAGGUGGUGCAAUUCUUUUCCUGGAGCAGGUCAGCGAAUGGCAUGUCGCCGUCAGCACAUCUUUAUGGGCGGUCACGGGCGCUCUGGCAGACUUGAUGCUGAUAUACCGGCUGUGGCUGGUCUGGGAUCGGUCUUAUUAUGUGGUCAUUCUGCCACUUAUCAUGUGCCUUGGUAGUCUGGUUACUGUGUUUGCAGUGGUGUAUGAAGUGUCUCACGCAGAGCUGACAACAGCAUACGCUACCGCCAUCACCAACUGGGCAUAUUCUUUCCUUUCGCUUGGCCUGGCACAGAAUUUCCUCGUCACUGGACUUAUUGUGCUCAAGAUCUGGAAGAUCAACAUGGGUGUCCGUGGCCACACGAGCACCGUCGCUUCCCUAUGGCCAGUCAUCGCAGUGCUUAUGGAGUCCGGUGCACUGUACUCCAGCUGCGUCAUGAUCACUCUCAUCACCUACGUGACUCAAAACAACGGUUCUGCAGUGAUGACAGAUAUCAUCGUGCCCAUUAUCGGCAUCACCUUCAUGCUGAUCAUUGUGCGUGUCGGUCUCGGAUUCACAAAGAGCCGCUCGAACGCGAUGACUUCUGGGCAAAAUUACCCGUCUCGAUCAAACGCCGCGGGGGUGAUGAGCUCCCGCCGGCCGCAGCCGAACCAGAGCUCGAACGGGCUCGAGUCCGGCGUCGACUCCGACUACCCCCUGCAUGAUAUCCGCGUUACCCUGGAGCGAGAAGUCAUCCACGAGUUCGGGAGCGACAAGGAGCCCUCCGUCCUGAAAAGUAAAGAGCAGGACACGGAUUCGAUCUAGACUAGUGAAAGAGGGCCACCCCCUCCUCGCAUGGCAGCAUCUGUGUAAGAUCUUCACUUCAUAUUAGCAUAUCUUCGCGCUUGAGAUAUCCUGGCUAGGGAAUUCAUUGAGAUUCAAUGUGACAAUCUUUGGGAAAAGGGCGGAUUGUUUGGCCCGGGUUGUUCGGUGUUGUGAUACCUUGGGUCGCGUAACCACUACUGUUUCAAUAUUCUGCACCAAUACAAGACCGUGGCAGUCUAAACCCCGUCCUUUUUCUACG